UUGCAUGAGAAGGUGGACUUCACUUCGCGAUAGAUUUGUGAAAGAAAAGAGAAACGAAAAGCUUCCCUCUGGCAGUGGAGCAUGUUUGUGUUAUCGCUGGUAUUAUAUGGACCAAUUAGAAUUUCUAGCACCACAUAUAGCCCCACGUGCAGUACGUUUAACAUCAAAUAUAACCCAAAAUGUUACUACUAUUUCGAAUAAUUUACCUUUUACACAACAAUUAUUUGAAGAAACAGAAUCGCAGGAAACUAUGCAAAAUGCUUCAACAACAACACCUGUAUCAAAUCUUGAAACAGGUGUUCGAGAAAAAAGAUGUAAUAAACGAAGAACUGAAGUUUUCGAUGCUUCUGAUGAACAUUUUUCAGAAGCUGUUGAUAUUUUUAAAAAUUCUGCAAAUCUCGGGAAGAACAAUUAAAACAAAAAGAUGCUGAUCCUAUUAAUGCUUUCGGCGAAAUGGUAGUAGUAACUAUAAGUUCACUUGCCAAACCACAGCAAUAUAAAGCUAUGAAUUCAAUUACUGAGAUAUUAAUGAAACUUAAACAGGAUUAAUACAAAGGCUGACUAAAUAUAUGCAGGGUUGAAGUUAUCAUUCAAAAGUAACUAAUUUUGAAAAUCGAAAUUUAAAA